AACAAAAAUAUGAUCAAUACUUUUUAGAUGUCAAAUGUUGGUGAAACUAAAAUAGGGAAUGAAUCGAGAAUAGUUGGUAGAAACAUCGAAUGUGGAAAAGACAGUGGAGAAUUGAAGGCGGAAGAGCAGCAAGUACUUUAACCCAAAAUUGUGGGGUUCAAUGGCAUGAAUCAUGAUCGCGGUGUGGGAUCGUCAACCUCGAUGCCGAAAGGGAAAGGGAAAGGGAAAGGGAAAGGGAAAGGGAAAAUCCAAGGCCCAACGAGAAAAAACUAACGAAAUCUCUCUCCUAUUUAUAUUUUAUACUUGUAAAGUAAGUUUAGUUGUGUUGCCUGUUACUUCUCCACUAAGGUACCCUCCCAUUUCUGGAUUCGAAUUUGCUAGCCAACUUCAGAAUCAAAUUGUCACACGUCUCUACUCCUCUAUUCGACCUCCAACUCUGACUUUGCCCUCGCGAUUUUCUCCACCAUCUGUCUUCCAUUGUGAUUCCGGUUCAUUUGUCUUCCUUUUAAAUCCAACUCUAUAUCGAAAGCCCUAGUUUUUUUUCACUUUAAUUGGGUACCUUGAACUCAAUUUUGAUUCUCUUCAGGCUUAACUUAACUACUCCAUCUGAUCAUGGCCGGAAGACCAUGCAUUUUUCUCUACGUUUGUUUUAUUCUUUCUGUCUCCUGUUUGGGUAGAUUUGUUGUCGAGAAGAACAGCUUGAAGAUAACCUCCCCAGACUCCAUCAAGGGUGUUUAUGAAUGUGCCAUUGGGAAUUUUGGGGUUCCUGAAUAUGGAGGCACAAUGACUGGCAUCGUGCAUUAUCCUAAAGCCAAUCAGAAGGCAUGCAAGAGCUUUGAUGAUGCCGGUAUCUCUUUCAAGUCCAAACCUGGGAGUCUCCCUACCUUUGUUCUUGCCGAUCGAGGAGAUUGUUACUUCACCAUGAAGGCGUGGAAUGCACAAAAUGGUGGAGCUGCAGCAAUUCUUGUUGCAGAUGAUAGACUUGAACCAUUAAUUACCAUGGACUCUCCAGAAGAAGAGAAGGCAGAUGCCAAUUACCUAAAAGGCAUUGCCAUACCUUCUGCCCUUAUUAGCAAAAGCUUGGGGGAUGACAUCAAGAAAGCUCUGUCUAGUGGAGAGAUGGUCAAUAUAAAUCUUGAUUGGACAGAAGCUCUUCCACAUCCUGAUGAUCGCGUUGAGUAUGAAUUUUGGACAAAUAGUAAUGAUGAGUGUGGGCCGAAGUGUGAUAGUCAGAUUGAGUUUGUGAAAAACUUCAAAGGAGCUGCUCAGACACUUGAGCAGAAAGGUUACACUCAAUUCACUCCCCAUUAUAUAACUUGGUAUUGCCCAGAUGCUUUUACUUUGAGUAAGCAAUGCAAAUCUCAAUGCAUCAAUCAUGGGAGAUACUGUGCACCAGAUCCUGACCAGGAUUUCAGUAAAGGAUAUGAUGGAAAGGACGUGGUUGUUCAAAAUCUACGCCAAAUUUGUUUCUUUAAAGUUGCAAAUGAAUCUGGAAAACCUUGGCUUUGGUGGGAUUAUGUCACUGACUUUUCGAUCCGUUGUCCCAUGAAAGAAAAGAAGUACAACGAGGAAUGUGCCAAUGAAGUUAUUAAAUCUCUUGGUAUAGAUCUUAACAAGAUAAAAGACUGUAUUGGAGACCCAGGGGCAGAUAUGGAGAACUCAAUUCUUAAAGCUGAACAGGAUGCACAGAUUGGUAGGGGUUCCCGUGGAGAUGUUACUAUAUUGCCGACUCUUGUUAUAAAUAACAGACAGUAUAGAGGCAAGCUGGAUAGAGGAGCAGUUCUGAAGGGCAUUUGUUCUGGUUUCCAGGAGACUACAGAGCCUGCAAUUUGUUUAACUGAAGACAUGGAAACAAAUGAGUGUUUAACAAAUAAUGGUGGUUGCUGGCACAAUAAGGAUGCAAAUGUUUCUGCAUGCAGGGAUACAUUUCGAGGAAGAGUUUGUGAAUGCCCUACUGUUCGAGGUGUGAAGUUCACUGGAGAUGGCUACACUCAUUGUGAACCGUCAGGAGCUUUACGCUGUGAAAUAAAUAAUGGGGGUUGUUGGAAGGGAACCCAAGAUGGAAGAACUUACUCUGCCUGUUCUGAUGACCAUACAGAGGGCUGCAAGUGCCCUCCAGGAUUUAAAGGUGAUGGAAUCCGCAAGUGUGAAGAUGUGGACGAGUGCAAGGAGAAGCUAGCAUGCCAGUGCCCAGAGUGCAAAUGUCAGAAUACAUGGGGCAGCUAUGAUUGCAGUUGCCGAAAUGGUUUACUGUAUAUGCACGAACAUGAUACAUGUAUAGGUAACAUAGGGAACACUGUGACAAGCUGGAGCGUUGUAAAGAUUACUAUCCUUGUGUUGGCCAUCACUGGGAUCACAGGAUUUGCAGUUUACAAGUACAGAAUCCGGAGGUAUAUGGAUUCAGAGAUACGGGCUAUCAUGGCUCAAUAUAUGCCCUUGGAUAAUCAAGGAGAGACUUACGUCGCCCGUGGGGGCAUUUGAUAUAGUGACUUAAUUGGAAGAUUCAGCUUUUGGACAUAUGUGGAACCGACUACAUGAAACAUGUGAAGCCUGGUACUGAUGUUAUCUUAGGGUUUGUUGUAAAUUAUAUAUAGCUAAACUAGCUAGGUGAGGUUUGUUAUAGUCUUGUUGUCAUAUGAGAAAUAUUUGGGGAUAUUAUUUCUGCCCUCUCCCACGUUUGAAAAGACCUGUUAUCAGAAAACUGAAGCCUGGAAUGUACAUUUUAUUAAUGUGUCCAAUGGGGACAGGUGUGGGAGUAUUGAGAUCCUUUUCUUAAUAAGAGGCUGAGCUGAGCUGAGCUGGAUGCCAAACUCGACUGCAUUUAAGAUUUUGAA